CUUCGAUUUUGCAGAAUUCAUUUAAAUUUGUGGGGAAUUAGUUGGAAAAAAGAAGGGAUUUGGUUGAAGGACUUGAUGACAUCUUGAAUCAAACUGAAUCAAAUCCCCUGCAGUCUCCAGAAAAUCCCCGUACUGCAAGGAGAAAGCCCAGUAAUGCUGAGCCUGGAAGCUCAAAGAGCUUGACUUCUGCUCGCCAUGCAUCAAGAAGAACAACUGCAGAAGAGGUCAAUGAAGAAAAUAAGAAUGUUAGUGUACCCGAAACUUCAGCUGCACCUACUACCAGGACGAGGGCAACUGUCCAUUCAGCUAGGCAGAAGGUAGAGACCCAUUUGGAGGAAGCCGAGGAGGGUCAAGAGAAAAGGGAUGUGCCAGAGACUCUAGCCAUUCCAAAUAGCCGUAGAAGAGCGCCGGCAACUUCCUCCAGCAGGAAGGUAGAUGGCCAGGAAGAUGAAGGAUCAGUUCAGAGGGUGUAUAUAGCACAAGGAGAUCAGUGAGGUUGUUGGAGAAGAGCAUGUCCGGGCUCAGUUUGAAGGAACAGGGAAGAAAUCAGCCCAUAAAGAUGAUUGAGUACGUGGAGAAUGAAGGGGGGAAGGAAACGUUCGAAACUAAUCUGCUAGCAAUAUCACCAGAUAGUGCGCAAGCAACUGAUGGAUUGGAGAGUUCUGGCCAAAUUUCUAAUGGCCUAUUUGAGGAUAGACAGGAAUUGAAAUAUGAUAUUCAAGACAAUGACAAGACUAAUGAUUAUAGAAUAGAGGAUACCAAGGCUAAGCUGGAAUUAGGUGCCGAAAAAUCUGAUGAGUUGAAGAAUCCCUUGGUUUUGGCAGUUCAAUAUCAAUACGAAAGUGAAGGAUCCAAAAAUGGUGAAAACACAGCAGAGAUGAGUGAUGAUUCCAUAGAAGAAAAGGAAUCAGAUGUUCAACUUACAAGGAUCUCAUCUGAGAUUGAGACUUCAAAUAUAGUUUCAGAAUCAGAAACCAACAAAGACUUGCAUGACAGUCAUGAUUUUUCAAUUGUUGAGGGGUCUACUGUCCCUGAACAAGUCUAUGCUGAGAAUAUGGACCAUGGUACUUGA